AGUUCAGAAGCAAACAAACAUUGCGCCAGAUUUCGUGUCGCAUAUGUGUGCCUUGCCUCUGAUAGCUGACUACUGUGCUUGGUAGCCACAUUGACUGCACGCACGACCACUCACAAUCCCGGACGAAGUGUCGCAUAUGUGUGCCUUGCCUCUGAUAGCUGACUACUGUGCUUGGUAGCCACAUUGACUGCACGCACGACCACUCACAAUCCCGGACGAAUUAUAACGGUCAUCACGGUCUGCGACUACUGUGGGCCCACCGACUACAAGCCCUGAUCACAAUAAAUCUUGUAGAACUCUGCCCUGAUCUCAUCUUGAAGUGAAUAUUAAUGAAAAGGGGAGCAGAAAUACCUGCCAUAAAAAGGAAAUAGAGUAGACAAUUGACUGCAUACAAGAUGUCAUUGGCUAGCCUUGCUGCCUAUGCCAGCAGUGAUGAAAGUGAGUCUGAACCAGAAGAGGCUGGCAAUGUGAACAGCAAUCAGUUGAGUCAGCCAGCUCCUGGUCCCACUCCAUCUUCAAGCUCUUCACAAGGUCAACUGAAGUCUGGUGUAGAUCUGAUUGAAGAUGAGGAGGAUGACCUAGUGGCCCAUGCAACAGUGACAUCUUCACUGCCACAGGCUGAAGGCAGAGAAGACAGUGUGUCUGGAAGUCUAUUCCAGGCAGAUGAUGUUGUGGAUGAUGUUCCAUUGGCUAGCAAAAUACAGGCUGAAAAACCUCCAAAGAAGAACCAACCUGUGAAAAUAUCCAUACCAUCAUUAUCACAGUUUAAGGAUGAGGAGGAGGAGGAGCCUGCUGCCAAGAAAAUGAAGCCAUCGCAGAAAGGGUCUGGGCUGUUCUCACUGCUGCCGCCACCCAAGGCAGCCACCACCAAGGAGUUGGGCCGCGCGCUGGUGCCCCACUCGGUGUCCCGACCGGCGGCGCCGCGGCGCGCGGCACCCGCGCCCCCGCGCGUGCCGCCGCCGGCGCCGGCCGCCGCCGACUCGGAUGACGAGGAGGGCGGUGGCGGCGACUUCUUCUCCCUGUCGGAGGAGGGCCCGUCGCUGCCGGCGCUGCCAGUCGGACCGGCCGCCGGACCGCUCACAUUCAGCGAGCGCGAGCAGGAGGCGGCGGCGGCGGCGCGGCGCCGGUCGCCCAGUCCGGAGCCGAUGGAGGGGGCGCCCCCGCCGACCGCCGCCGGGUCACAGUGGCCCCAGUCGGCUGCCGCCCAGUUGGAUAUGCCCGCAGAGGCGCUGCAGCACCUGCGCGGGCGACGCGGCCGGCGUGAGGCUCCUGAGGACAUCCAGUUCAUUGACGUCAACCAGGACGACAUCCUGCCGGACCGUGACGAGUGGAUGACGAAGCAGCUGACGGAGGAGAAGGUGGUCCGUCGGCCGCAGAAGUCGGCGGACGAUCCGACGUCGCAGCAGCGGCGCAAGCAUCAGAUCACCUACCUGGCACAUCAGGCCAAGGAACGCGAGGUGGAACUGAAGAACGAAUGGGCGCAGAACCGGGCCACAAAGAACGCCUAUAGGACAAAGUACGGCUUCUAGCGCCGCCUGGUGAGUGCCGCCCUACGUCCGCGAACUGUGUGUGUGGGUCAUUGUUGUCGCCUGUUAUACAUCAUCAUGUCAAUGUCAUAAAUACAGACUAUUGUGAAUUA